AUGGACGUUGACCCACUUGCCGACACUGUUCCGCCACGGUAUGCUGUUGAAUCAGACGACGAGGACGAGUACAAUCCAUUACCAUCGCAAUCCUCAUCUGCCAAACCUCGUGCAGCACCUUCUGUCAAUAUCAAGAUUGUAGGCAAUAUUGCCACAAAAUGUCCUCUGGCGGUCAUGUCUGGACCCGCUGCUGCUCACUGGGCGGGGGGUGCUGCACUUGGUGAACAGAAAGGAGCGGUAUACGUUAACUCAAAGAUGGUAGGACUGCUGUUUGUGCCAUCGUGGACAGAUUCAGUUGUUCUUGUAUCGGAAACUGCGCGACACACUACGCUUCCACUGUGGGCUCAGCACCAGUAUGCCCAGGCUAUCUCGAACCACUUCGCUCCCACAAGCAUGGUUCUAUUGGACACAUACUUUUCGAAGGGGUAUAUUUCUUCCUCCGAUCCUCCGACAGGUGCACCUGUGCGACACCUUGCAGUGAAUCAUACACCGUCCGCUAACCUCAGAGUGCCAUUGUAUGCGCCCCCCAACCUCGUGCAUACAACGUCCGCCGCGUUCAUGGCGUUACUGUACCUCCAAUCGCUCGAGCCGCAAGGGUCAAAAGUGCCUGGGUUGCUUCUGCUUGCUCCAUCUUCGACCCUUCCGCCUCAGCCGCCUAGCACGAUUGGGGCGGGAGAAGGAGGACCAAUCCCACUUUCCGAUGAUGCAGAGUGGUCUGCUGAUGAAAUGGAACUCGUCCAGUCGACUGUAUGCACCGUCCUGGGGGCAAAAACACCAAGUGUGUGGAAGGGUCGAUCGACGCUCAGUAGAGGAAGCAGUGAGGCGUCUAAGAGAAGGACUGGUGAUGUCGGCGAUGGUGGAAUGUAUAUAUAG